ACCCAGGUAGCUCAAUGGUAGCAGACAGAUUGGCGACCGACGAGAUACUUUCGAGUUGGGAAAAAAUCUAUAUAUCUUGAUGUGGUUUAUUCAUUUAAAUCAGUCGCGUAUGUAGUUAAUCAACAAGUAAAAAAGAUAGAAGACAUAAUUGUGAAUUUGUGAUAAAAUCAAGUUUUUUGGUCAGAUUUUUAAUUUUGUGAGGUUAACGACAGCAGCUUCUAGGUUACGAAUAAGGUGUAGAAUUUGCUACGAACGUCAAACGGCCAACGUCACCCGCGACGUCAACGGCAAUCAGAAAGUCAAGUUUAUUAAUCGACCUUAAUACUGGAACAAUAACAAUAUGUGGUGGCGCCAAAUAGAAGCGAGAACAACAGUUGGAAAACUUGCUCAACCAUUAAUAGCUAUUAUCGCUUUGACACUGAUUGGGGAUGCGGCAGCAUGUGAAAGAACAAUGCUAAGAACAAGGAGCAUAUCUAGCUACGAUAAACAAUUGAUAUUGGACUUACACAAUGCAAUGAGACAAUCAAUAGCGUUGGGACAAAUAGGAGGACAGCCACCAGCGGCAAAUAUGAUGGAAAUGAAAUGGGACGAGGAGCUGGCCGAACGAGCUCAAAAAUGGACCCAGACAUGCUAUUCUGAAACUCAUGAUCACCAAAGGGACGUCUCACGAUUUCCUGUGGGCCAAAAUAUAGCAACUACAUGGACAACUAAACCACCUGGUGGAUACUAUGAUACUGAACCUGAUUUUGCGGAUGCCAUCAGCAAAUGGUUCAACGAAUACAAAUCCUUCCAUUUUGGCCCUAUUGGAAGAGGAAACACUGGGCAUUAUACGCAGCUUAUAUGGGCUGAAACGAAUUUAAUUGGAUGCGGAUAUUCUUUUUACUAUGAUCCUUCUAAAGGAUAUACGAAGAACUAUGUUUGCAAUUACGGUCCAGGGGGAAAUGUGUUAGGGCAACCGCCCUACGCGAAAGGAUACCCAAACUGCAAUAAAAAUGGAUUAACCGAAUCUAUUAGAUUCUCUGGGCUCUGCGAUAAACCUGUAGCAGCAAAACCAACAUCAACCUCAAACACGUAUUUCUUUGGUUUCUCUAAUUACCUUGGAAGAAAAUAGAAUCUGGUACGAUAAUCAGAUGAAGAAACGUCCAAAUUAUUGGUAUUACAUAGUUAUAACUUUUGCCCAGUAUUCUACCCGUAUUUUAAUAUCAUAUAACGAAAUCCGUAUAAAUUUUAAUUUUUAAUUGUUUGAUUUGUUGAAGAAUUAACGAUUAUCAUAAAUAAUAUGGUACUGCAAUAUAAAUUGUACCAAGAUAUCAUACACAUAUCAAAUUCAGUUGAAUAGAUAAUUGAGAAGAACCAUUAAAAUACCUUAUAGGACGUAUUGCCUGUUUUCUGCAAAUGGAGUGCCGUCUACCUGCGUUCUUCAAAAAUGGCUACUAUAUUAUAUGGAAUUGUUAAUAAAUUUAGUUGAAAAUCUUCAUCGGAAAGUAAUUGCGUAAAAA